GAUGUUUCCGAUUUCAACUCUCAUCACUGAAAACACAAUAUUGAUCAAUGUCACACCUUACGCAACUCUCGUUCUCAUAUUUUUUUUAUCGAUUCUAUGGUAUUUCUUGAAACGCUCGCCAAAUCCACCUCUACCGCCUGGACCGCGAGGACUACCUAUUGUCGGAAACUUUCCCUUUCUUGACCUGGAGCUUCACAGAUACUUCACAACCCUCGCUCAAAGUCACGGUCCAAUCUUCAAACUCAAUCUUGGUUCAAAACUAACCGUAGUUGUCAACUCUCCAGCACUAGCUCGAGAGAUCUUGAAAGACCAAGACAUCAAUUUCUCAAACCAUGACAUCCCUCUGACAGGCCGAGCCCUUACCUAUGGCGGUAUCGACCUUGUUUCGUUACCGUAUGGGGUCGAAUAUAGAAUGCUUAGAAAAGUUUAUGUUGUCAAGCUUCUUAACCGUAAAACCUUGGAUUCUUUUUACGAGCUUCGACGCAAAGAAAUUCGGGAAAGAACGAGGUAUUUGUACCAGAAAGGUCAAGAAGAAUCACCGGUGAAAGUUGGAGACCAGAUCUUUUUGGCGAUGAUGAAUCUCACGAUGAAUAUGUUAUGGGGAUGUUCGGUGAAAGCAGAGGAAAUGGAGACUGUUGGAACAGAGUUUAAAGAAGUUAUUUCUGAAAUAAUUAGGCUCUUAGGAGUGCCUAAUGUUUUUGAUUUUUUCCCGUUGCUAGCUAGAUUCGAUCUUCAAGGUCUUGUGAAAAAGAUGCACCUGUGUACUCGAAAGGUCGAUGCGAUAAUUGAAAGAGCCAUCGAGCAGAUGCAACGACUGAGAAGUAGGAGUGGUGAUGAUGGUGAAUGUAAUGAAUUUUUGCAACAUUUGAUAAAGUUGAAUGAGCAAGAAGCUGACUCGGAGGUUCCCUUUACACUCGACCAUGUCAAAGCCGUACUCAUGGAUAUAGUAGUUGGUGGUUCAGAUACGACAACCAACACGAUAGAGUUUGCAAUGGCCGAGCUAAUACGGAACCCGGAGUUGAUGAAGAAAGCACAACAAGAGCUAGAAGAAGUUGUAUGCAAAGACAACAUAGUUGAAGAAUCACACAUCACUAGACUUCCUUACAUAGGACCCAUUAUGAAAGAAACACUUAGGGGACUUUAUCCAACCAUAUCUUUGCUAGUCCCUCAUCGUUCAACCGAAACCGCUGUUGUGGGUGGCUACACUAUCCCUAAAAAUGCUCAGACAUUCAUCAACGUUUGGUGUAUUCAUAGAGACCCAAAUGUGUGGGAUAACCCAACUGAGUUUCGUCCUGAGAGGUUUAUUGAUAACAACACUUGUGAUUUCAAAGGAACAGAUUAUAGGUUUCUUCCAUUUGGAUCUGGAAGGAGAAUGUGCGCCGGUACAACACUUGCUGAGAAGAUGGUUUUGUACACUCUCGCGACGCUAUUGCAUUCGUUCGAUUGGAAGAUUCCCAAAGGUCACAUGUUGGAUUUAGAAGAGAGGUUUGGCAUUGUCUUGAAGAUCAAGAACCCACUUGUUGCCCUGCCCGUUCCUAGGUUGUCUAAUUCGAAUCUUUAUCUAUAA